AGGAAACUAAAAAGGAACAAAAAAAAAGCCGUGAAGCAAAAUUCUGCAGUAGUGCUUUUCUUCCUGUCGUAAACGGAACGGCCGUGCGUUAUAUCGCGACGUUCGAUAUCGUACUGGUCGGGAAUGUGGACGGAAUGUAGGCUCCUUUAGUUGGGGUGCAGGUUCGUGUCCUGCAAAACGGGAACCGAUUGCCAUUACUCUUGGGCCGUCUAGGAAACGGCACCAAACACACAGUGAAACAGUUGUAAGGACAGUCGUAAGAAGCCAUAUUGCCAUUUCCGUUCCUUCUCCAGCCAUCGGCCAAUUGUCAGAAAGGACACGGAAGACGACACUUGCUGCAGCAUACUCAGGAAGCGCCACGCGAAACAUCCGCCACGGGAGUGACGAAAAGGGAAUGAUUCGUUGAGGAAGUUCAUCCUCGUACAUCUUGGACCAUCGUUAACCAUCGGACCAAUAAGGUGUCCAUAUUAGCAAUUUGCUAAUGCAGUCAAAGUUCUACUUAAAGAAUAGUACCACUGUCAGUGAACGAUGGCUUCGCAGAAUGGGCGCGAAUCCAAGGAUGGUCUCACGCAGGGAGGCAAAAGUGGUUCCUCCGCUAACGGUGCACCGCAACAAGGACAGCAACAGCAACAGCAGGAGCAUUCGUGUGAAAUUUGCGGCAUGUCCGGUCUGUCGGAUGACGCGAUGCGUGACCAUACGCGGCAAUACCACGUGGAGGGAAGUCCACAGUGUCCGUUCUGUGGGUUGUCCGGUGCACCGGAAGAACUGCUGUUCCAUGUGAACCAAGCUCACCUAGACUACCUUACACCCGAGAAUGAACUGAUGAGCUUCAUCGACGAUCAAACACCAAGCUUUUGCAGUGUCGACGGUGAUUCAGAUUCCAUCUCCGACUGCCGUGGUUUAUCGCCCUCGAUUACAUCCGAGCUGCUGACACCGAUGUCAUCUAGUGGAAUGAAGGCGGGUUUCAAUGGCAGUACCACCACCACCAUCACCACCACUACCAGCAGCAGCAAUAGUGGCCACGGUAUGAUGCUAACCAGCGGUAGUGGAAGUUUCACCACCAUUUCGUCCAAUACGGGAAGCUACAGCAAUCAUCAGCAGGCAUCUUCCCAUCAACCGGGUUUGACACAAACGCAUCACAACGGUACCAAUGGUGCGCCGUUGAUAGGGAAGAUGAUUGGAAGCUCGUUGACCGCUGCUAGUAGUAGCUGCAUGAGUAGCAGCCGAUCGAGUUUGGGAAGUAGUAGCACUAAUCUAUGUAACGGAUUACCGAACGGUACCACAUCGGCGGGGCACAGUUCGAAUGGUAAAUCUACCAACCAACACUACCACUUCCCCGACGUUACGAACGCAUCCGGUAGUAAUGGUAGUAUUGCUGGUGAAACACACACAAAUGGUGCGGCAGCAACUGGCGGAACUAGCGGACCUGUGAUGAAUGGUGGUGGUGCUGGCUGUACCACACCAGCUGGUGCCGGUGCUGGUGGUCAAGGUUCCCCGCUAAGAUCACAGCUAGGAUUGAAGCUUAAGUCACACAAACCGAACUCCUUUAGCAUCGCAGCAACCGGCACGGAAGUGGCGAAUGGUGGACCGGAAGUGAAAGGAGCCGGUGCGAUUUGUCCAGCCACCAUGACGAUUACAACGACGGCCACCACGAUCACAACGAAACAAGCGAGUCCUCUGCAGUGUUUGCUGUGCCCAUAUACUUCCGACAACCCGACGGUGUUAGAGGAACACAUCAACCGCUCACACUUCGAUCCGCUCAGUCCGAGUGUGAAUGGAGCGGGUGGUGGUGGUGGCCCGGGUGGCGGUGGAGCAGCAGGUGGAAGUGGGCAACACGUGGACACGCUCAGUGUUCUACAGUGUCCCAUCUGCAAUCGAACGUUUGAGUCGGGUUCGGAUCUGGAACUGCACGUAAACAUCGAACAUCGGGAUAUUUUAAGUCCCGCCAAGGCAGACAGUGGUCGGGCUACGAACGGGACACCGUCCGGUGCUGCGGCACACAAUGGUAGUUAUGGCGGUGGUAGCAGUAGCCUCUGUCCGGUGUGUGGCAUUUCGUUCGAUCACAUGAAAACCCAGGACAUGGAAUACCACAUCGAGAAACACUUUUCGAAAAGCCCACAAAAUCCGUACCAAGGUGGCGCUGUUGGUGGCGGGGGUGGUAAUCAUCCUUCGGGUGUAGCGGUGGAUCUAGAAAAGCAGGCGCAAAAGUUACGCGAACAGCGUGAGUUUGAAAUGUUGCGCGCUCAGUACGGUAUGGAUGAUCAGGGUAAUUUCCGCGAGCAAUCGGCAGCCGCUAUGCAGCGGGCAGUGUAUGCUGGUGAGAUGAGUGUGGCUGAUUACUACGAGCGGCAGGUCGGAUUGCGGGCAGCUGAAUCUCAUGGCGUAGAUGAUGGUUCGUCUUGCACGAAAUCGGUGUCACCGCGUGUACUGUCGCUGUCAUCCUCUGCACCAAACGUGAUCAAAACGUACGUCUGUUCGAGCGUAGAUCACUAUGCGUCUAGCUACGGCGAUAAAGGAUGGGGCUGUGGCUAUCGGAACUUGCAGAUGAUACUCUCCUCUUUGCUGCAGAACACCUCGUACAACGAAGCUCUAUACUCUGCCUGGGGAUCACAUGGGCCGGCACGAACGGCUAUGCCCAGCAUUUCUCGGUUGCAACGUAUGGUAGAGGCAGCCUGGGCACAAGGUUUCGAUAUUCAAGGUUCGGAACAACUUGGUUGUAAGCUUUAUAAUACACGCAAAUGGAUUGGUGCAACGGAAAUCGUGACCGUUCUGUCGUGGUUACGCAUCCGGUGUGAAUUGGUCGAUUUUCACCGGCCCACGUCAGCUGAUGGGCGCCAUCCGGAGCUGUUUAACUGGGUGCUGCGCUAUUUCGAGGAACCGCGCAUACAUACGCCUCCGUUGUACCUGCAGCACCAAGGUCACUCACGCACAAUAAUAGGGAUCGAACAGCGUACAUCUGGUUUGUCUUUGCUGGUACUCGAUCCAAGCCACGGUCCUCGACAAGUUGCAGCACUCGGCUCGUCACAAGAUUCGUUACGCUUGAUACGCAAAAACUCUACGGCGAUGCGUGCUCCACAAUACCAAGUCGUGGCAGUCAAGGGGCUGAUCGACACCGAGGAUCAGUAUCAGGCUAGUAAAGUGUUGAAAUCAUUACGAAUCCCCCCUGACCGUUGACGAGCUUCGCUGUGCUUCCGGUCAGUUCGUCCUAGAGCAGCAGCAGCACAACGUUUUAAUAACUCCCAAGCACUACUGAUAAUAAUGUCUACCUUCAAAAGGAACUGCACGCGCAGCAUAAAGAAGUGAUCGAAACCUUUUAGUUUUUUUUUGAUAAUAAUCCUUACUAGAAGCUUAUUCGUUUUAAAUGCAAGCGACGAAAAUUGCACCGUAAACUUAAACAAUGCACACAGCAAAGCUAACAGGAAUGCAUUAGUAUAAGCCCAAUACAAUAGAAAAUGCGCUACGUUUAAAAAACAGUACACACUAUCAUUGCGGCAAUUUUUGGAGUGUUCUUCUUGUGCUAUAUUGUUUUGAGCAACAAAAGAGUCGGUAAACGUCUGUGUACAGGGAAUCACGUGGAAUUACUUUCGAAUGCCCUUGGCGCCUCUAAAAACUGAAAAAAAAAACAAACUAGAAACAUGCUGAAACAUGCUAAACUAUUUUGCGGGAUCUUAGCGUAGUUGAGAAAUUGAAUAAUAUUUUUAUGGGCGUAAAUGUUAGUUUUUCUACAUUCUUCUGUUUAUCUUAUUUGGUUCUUCGAUCUUUGAAGUGUUUACCAUGCCUAAUGAGUCCCCUCGGCACUCGACUAUGACUUAUCUACGAGUAAUCAAACGGGUGUGAUCUUCAGUCAUUUACGAUCGACCAUUUUAUUUAACCGAGCCUGGUGAUCGAUCGAAU